AUGGCCGCCGGCAUGCACGACGACAAGCCGAACUUAGGUUUUGGGUCGCACGGUGGCUUCUUGGUAUGUCGAGCCGCCCAGGCGCACACAACACCACCAGAUACGAUCUGCACCAGUGCAACUCGGAGCUACGAUUACGGCUCCACACAUUGCUUUUGUGAAAACUGCACGAGGCUCUGCGGCGAUGUGGAAGUGCCGUACCCAUUCGGCAUCCAAGGCAUGGGCCCCGCUGGUUGCUUCCAUCCAGGGUUCAACCUCACCUGCGACAAGACCCACGACCCACCACGGCUGCUCCUUGACGACAGUGGCAACUUCCGAGUCGAGAAGAUCCACGUCGAUAAUGCCACCGUGCGCGCUGUCCACGCCGGGGCAUUACUAAACAGCACCUAUGUGGAUGACAAUCUUUUUCCUUUCCCGAACCAUGGCAUCGCGCCCUACUCGCUCUCGGCCAGCAACGAGCUUGUCCUCAUGGGGUGCGAUGCGUGGGCGUCGAUGCUCGGGCACCGCACCAGCAACGACAAUGGCCCAGACAUCCUCAGUGGAUGCGUCUCCUUCUGCAGCUUUGCCUCGGACGAAGACACCGACGUUGGCCACGUCGACCACCGAGGGCGAGACCGAGAAGGGCAUAGCCGGCGCCGGAACCCAAAUGACAAGUACUGCCACGGCAUGGGCUGCUGUCAGACACACAUCUCCCAGGACUCCACGGGGGGGAUGCCCAAGCAGUUGAGUGUGGGCUGGCUAGGCAAGCAGAGUGCGUUCGCCGGAAAUACGAUGUCACGUGCGCUGGUGUUUGUUGCAGCAGAAGGGUGGUACGAUAACCUGGCUUUCUCCGGCGUGCUGGGCCCCGAUAAGCAACCCGAUAAGCAACAGUCAGCCAGAGCCGUGCAGGAGGUCCCUAUUAUUCUACAGUGGGAGAUCUUAUCUGAUAAACCCAACUGUACUACAUCCAACAAGUGCAAGAGCAAGCACAGCCACUGCAAGCAGGGGAACAGAGGCUAUACAUGCCACUGCGAGGUUGGCUACGACGGCAACCCCUACUCCGACGACGAUGGCCAGGGAUGCAAAGGUUAUCCGUUAUUUCUUAGUGGACUUAGCGUUGGAGCUGGGCUUGCGAGUGCUGGGGGCCUCAUAGUUUCAGUUCUUGCUGGAUGGUUCAUUUCCAGCAAAGUUAAACAGAGAAAUGCACAAAUUUCAAAGCGAAAGUUCUUUGACCAAAAUCGAGGACAGCUGUUGCAACAAUUGGUAUCACAGAGGGCUGAUAUUGCUGAAAGGAUGAUCAUACCCUUAGAAGAGAUAGAGAAGGCAACCAACAAUUUUGAUAAAGCUCGUGAGCUUGGUGGUGGAGGGCAUGGUACAGUAUACAAAGGGAUUUUGUCAGACCUCCAUGUGGUAGCCAUCAAGAAGCCAAAGAAGAUUAUUCAAAGGGAGAUUGAUGAGUUUAUUAACGAGGUUGCUAUACUAUCACAGAUCAAUCACCGAAAUGUGGUAAAACUUUACGGUUGUUGCCUUGAAACAGAAGUUCCAAUGUUGGUCUACGAGUUCAUAUCCAAUGGAACCCUUUAUGAUCAUCUUCACAUCAAUGGACCAAGAUCAUUGUCAUGGGAAGACAGGCUUCGGAUUGCAGUUGAAACAGCCAAAUCACUGGCCUAUCUUCACUCUACAGCUUCAAUGCCCAUCAUUCAUAGAGAUGUGAAGUCGGUUAACAUACUGUUGGAUGACACUCUAACAGCAAAGGUAGCAGACUUUGGAGCUUCAAGAUAUAUUUCGGUGGAAAAGUCGGGGUUAACAACAAUGGUUCAAGGUACAAUAGGAUAUUUGGACCCAAUGUAUUUCUACACAGGGCGGCUCACAGACAAAAGUGAUGUCUAUAGCUAUGGUGUCAUGCUCAUAGAACUGCUUACUCGACAAAAGCCAUUUUCAUAUUUGUCUUCUGAAGGUGAAGGCCUUGUUACACAUUUUGUUGCAUUGUUUGAGGAGGGUAAUCUGUCACAGAUAUUAGAUCCACAAAUUACAGAUGAGGGAGGCAAAGAAGUUGAAGAAGCCGUUGCACUUGCAGUGGCAUGUAUAAAAUUAAGAGGAGAGGAGCGUCCAACCAUGAGGCAAGUGGAGUUGACACUUGAAGGUCUUCGACCAUCCAAGGAGUAUAUUUCAGAUGAAUUUGGCACCAACAGACUUGAGAACAAAGGUGUCACGAUUAAUGCUCCAUCAACCGUAGAUGGAAGAAGCACUGAUGGAUCGACUAGACAAUACAGUAUGGAAGAAGAGCUGGCCAUGUCUUCGAGGUAUCCUAGGUAG